CAAGGCGCCCCCGAAAUCCUCAGAAGAGUAAAAACAAAGCGUUCGAUAAACGAAAACAAUCCAUUAUUAAUCAGACAUACACAUUCUUACUUUGGACCAAGAUAAGCAAUUAUUUCAAUAUAUUUUCCAUUUUCUUAUUGGGGAUUAUGGUCGUCAAGGUUGUUUAUCAGUAGUAAGGGGAACUUGAAACCGGGCCCUGCCAUUUCCUCUCGGUUGUUUUGCUUUUUUUAUCCUGGAUUCUCCAUGUUGGAGCAAUAGCGAGGUCUUGUCUAGUGUUCGCUAGCUGUCAGAGGGGACCGUAGCGUUACAAUAAUACACUUUGUGUUAAAUGCACGAGACAAAUUGGGUAGUUUGAACUAGGAAAAAUAGCGGUAGGUAGCUACAAUUGCUACGAGAAAAACCAAGGAAGACGUUUUUAUCGAAAUAUUUUAGGAUACCAACGGGUUGGGAAGCGCUAUUGCUAACCAGCUAGCUGAAUGUUGAAAGUAGCUAUCUGCGAAUUGGGGGAACGGAUUGGACUUUGAGGGGCUGUGCAUUUGUUAGAUGGAAAGUUCUAUUAUCACUCAAGUGCAGAAAGAAGAUAGUCAACUGCCGUCCAAAACAGGCCAGCUGAACAAAUCUUCCCCAAAGAAGCCUCGGAGUCGGAAUAUCUUCAAAGCGCUCUUCUGUUGCCUCCGAGCACAGGAUGCCCCUCAGCCUACACCCCCUGCCCAGGAUACCCUACUCCCUCCUGAGGACAAUGGGACGAUCGACAAGCUUGAUCUACUUCAGAACCUUCGCUACCAGUUACAUCAAGUCCCAGGGACCAGUCUACUGCCCGAGGUAACCCCCCAGGAUGAGGGCAAGAUCUGUGUGGUCAUUGACCUGGAUGAGACACUGGUGCACAGCUCCUUCAAGCCCGUCAGUAAUGCUGACUUCAUUGUACCUGUGGAGAUUGAAGGAACAACACACCAGGUUUACGUCCUGAAGAGGCCACAUGUAGACCAGUUCCUCCAGAGGAUGGGAGAGCUGUUUGAGUGUGUUCUCUUCACUGCAAGUCUCGCAAAGUAUGCAGACCCAGUGACAGACCUGCUGGAUCAGUGUGGUGUGUUCGGGACACGUCUCUUUCGGGAGUCCUGCGUGUUCCACCAGGGCUGCUACGUCAAGGACCUGAGCCGCCUUGGCCGCCAGCUCAACAAGACCCUCAUCCUGGACAACUCCCCCGCCUCCUACAUCUUCCAUCCUGAGAAUGCUGUGCCUGUGGUGUCCUGGUUUGACGACCUGGAGGACACUGAGCUGCUGAGCCUCCUACCCGUCUUUGAGGAGCUGAGUGAGGCGGACGACAUCUAUGCCAAACUGCAGCAGCUACGAGCCCCCUGACACGACACGCCCCCUCUGACAAGCUAGAACCUCCCCCCUCAGCCAGACCACACCCAUCAACCGACGGAAAAAGCCAAAACUUUACUUACAUACACACACUCUGUGUGCGGUGUUAGUAUCCUAGACACACUCGGCGGUGUGUUUAAUGUUUGGCCCCUGAACUGUGUGUCUGGACGGCUGUCCACCGCUCCUACUGUCCUCCUCCUUCUCAGUAUGUUAGCUGGUGCUGCAAAGCUGCUGUUCUGGAAACAAUCCAACAAACACAAUGCAAAGUGGCUCACUCUUUUCUCAUUUUAAAAUCAGAACUCAAACACAUACUAGUACUCCAAUCAUUCAAACUGACUGGCCAGGUCUUUGUUUCUCCAAAAACGAGACUUUGAUUUUAAAGCAUUAAUUGCGACACAAAACAAUGGACUCUGCACAUCACCUCUCUGCUUCGCCAAUAAUCUCAGUACAAACACUUUGACUGGGGACUCUAAAGCAUUGCAAGGAAACUACAAAAUCCACAUACAGUGAUUUAAUUUCAAUUUCUUAGUACAACGGCCUGUAUAAAGGCUGUUUUUUAAGGACUUCUCUCUCCUGAAUGGAUUGAUUCCUUCAGGAAAUUAUUUUUGGAAGUUGAACAGUUGGUCUUUCUGAUCCAAGGCCAGCAUGACAUAACUAGACAUGACAGUACAUAAGAUGAUAUGACAAGACCUAAUUUGACCAGACCUUACAUGGGGAGCAAGGGAUCUCCAUCUUUGUGCCUUCUGUAUAAGAAAAAAAGAAUUACAUCUGUUUUUGUUGGGUUUUUAAAGAAGGAAAAAAAGCUUUGUUCCUUGUAGAAAAUGGUGGUUCUUUUUCAAUCGUUACGUUUUUCUAUACAUUUUUAAAGAUGUCUUUUAAAUGUUCGAUAUGUUGGUUAGAAGUGCAGAUGACUUUUGUAAUGUCAGGGAUGUUGAGGAAGAACAGCCAUACAUUAACAGCCUCUGUAUGUUGUAGUUAGAUGAAAUCCUCCAUUCUCAUUUGCUGAAGAUGACCUCAUCCUCAGCCAAUAGGGACCAUUACAAUCCAAGGGGUCACACCCAUCGUGUAAAUGCAGUGGUGUAACAAACCCUGCCUCUAUGCUGAUUCACCCUGAGAUGCAUCAGGUACAGUAUACUUGAGCUGAUUCACCUCAACUUUUAGCGCACUCUAAAAUAAAAUAAAAUACAACAAAAAAAGCCCUUCAAAUGAACAGACUGAUUUAGACAGUGUUGCAAAUUUGGAGUGAUUCUCUGCUGGUAUUUAGUCUGCUAAGGAUGCCAUAGUGGAUAAACAAAGGCCUUGUUUUCAAAUAAUUCAAAUUUUUGUGUCAAGCCUUCUGGGUGCCAUAUUAUUUGGGUAGCUUGGGGACUUGUGAUAAGUAUAGGCUGCUAAGAGUGAACACAAUGCACACUAGUUUACCCCCUACCCAUAGCCCUUUCUUCAUACUUUGCCAAGUCAUUGACACUCAGUUUUUAUUAUUUUAAAAUAUAUCCUAUUUUUGGUGAGAUGUUUCUACAUUACUGAGACUUAAAAGUAUGUCUGAUAAAUUAUCUUUGCGUUAUUGCCUGUUGUUCUAGAAGGUCUACGGCACUCACUGCCGUAUAUCAGGUGUUGUACACAUUGUGGGGUGGCAGCGGUUUUGUGGUGACAUAAAUUGGAUUGAUUUGGCAAGAUAUGUUCUAUUGCUCAAGUUGUAAUUUAGCAAACACAUACAUGCUCAAGCCAGACUGGUCACUGCAUCCCAAAGAGAUUUGUUUUGUGGUUUUAUUCACAAGAUAAAGCGCCUUCUCAUACUAUUACACUAUGAAGUGCCUAAGGUUUCUUUCUGCAAUAGAAGCUUUGGAAUAAAGCACGAAGGGUCUCCAUCCCCAUUUUUAAUUUUUCAAUUUUAUAACUGUUACACUGUCUCACGUAUUUGGCUGAAAUUGAGUAUCCAUAAAACGUUUACCAAGUAAUCCUACUCCGCUGUUUCAUUGGGAUUGAAAGAAAGGGCCGUGUGUUAUGAUGAUGUGGACCCCAUACUGUCAGAGAAAUAUAUCCCUUUAGGCAUACUCCAUGUUUCUGUUCUUUAGAUAAUUGUAAGCAUGUUAAUCUCUGGCUACGUCCCAAAUGGCACUCUAUUCCCUAUAUAGUAGUACUACGUUUGACCAGAACCCUAUGGGCCCUGGUCAACAAUAGUGCACUAUAUUGGGAUGCACAAGAAUCCUCUUCAUUUGUCAGUUGUAUAGGACGUUAAGUUGUCUCUUCUGGUGUUGGGAUGUGGUGGAGGGUGUACAGGGCAUGACCUGACUGUCUUAUUGUUAUGUCUGAAACACUAAAGGUAAAGUGGGGUUAUAGACAUUUGUUAUUACCAAAGCUCAACACUUAUUUCGGGGAGGUGGGUGGGUUGGAGGAGAGGGGGGAACCAAAUAUUCACAAAUUUCAAUUAAAGCGUUUUCUGCUUCAGUUUUCUUUCUUCUAGUUGAAAGAACCAGUCUUGUUGCUUUAAACAUGCAUCACUUUAUUGUCAGUAAUGGGGAAUAGGUAAGAGGCCUACCCAUGAUACCUGGUAUAUUCAGUCAGAAUGUCUGCUGACAUGAAAUGACUAAAUGUAAUGAAAUGUAUUGACAUUCACAUCAGAGGUGACAUGUCAAACCUUUAAUUAGUCAUGUUUUGGAUAACGGUUUCGGAAGAAGGAGUUAACGGUCGUCUCUGAUUGCGAGUUAAUAUGUAACGCCUAUGAAGGGCAUGCUUAUGGCCCUCAACCAAAGCGACAUCAGAAAUGUCCUGUGUUUGAUUCAAAUAUAGUUUACUGUUUGUGAGAAAUACAAGAUCUCAUGAUCACUUCAUGAUCGCUAAGCAUCUGAAUGACGCUAGGAUAAUUGAUACAUUUGAUUUUAUCUUACUCAUACAACAGAUUAUUUUCUCAAAGUCAUGGAAAGAAGGAAUGUAAAGAACUGGAGAGAAAUGUCUUUGAAAUAGUUUGUCCUAAACAGUCCAUCUGUAAAAAAAAGGUAUUGGUGACUUAUCAAGAGAAAUCUUUGUGCUUGGUAAUUUUUGUUGUUUUAUAUACGAAUGCCAUAUGUAUACAAAGUCACAGUAUUUUUCAAAAUAUUACAAACAAAUAAUGGAUAGAAAUAUAGCUCUAAAAAGCUUUCGGUGUUCUCUUGUUCUGGAAAUUAAUUAUUCCUAUUUUAAAUAUUUUUGCCUUUACAAAAUAUGGAGAUCUUUCUGCAAUCUUUAUUUUCAGUGUUCAGUUGGCUCACUUACUGUAUGGAUUCUUAGAUGCCAACCAACAAUCAGAACAAAAUGAGGCGUGAGUCAGAGGGUACAAUCUAUUGAUGUAUCGCUGUUUUUAUGUAUAUAUCGAUCAAUCUAUUGGAUAGAUUGUCAUGGUGACCAAUGUAGUAUUCUUAUAAGUGAUGGAUAAGAUUAAGGUUUGGAUAAAAACAUUUCCCCAUUUUAGUUUUUUUGUUAACUGGACUCUGUUGGAUUGAUUGUGUGGUUGGGUCAGGAUGUAUACAAUGAACAAACUGCAGAUUUUAUGCAGAAACUAUGCAGAAGGAGAUACAGUAUAAUGCAAAAAUGAUCACUUUACACUCGUGCACGUCUGGAGUUCGAAAUACUGUUUUUACAGCUAUUUUAUCAAACUUGAACAUAAGACUCCUGCAUUAUAUUUUGGCUUUUUUGUUAAACUAGCAAUUCAGAAAAUUGUUUUUCAAAGAUGGAAUAAAAACAUUGAUUAGUGCA